AUGCCUCGCACCAAAAACAAGUCCAAAAGCAGCCGCCCAAGAGCGGAACAAAUAGUUUCCGGCGAUGACAAUGGUCAAGAUCAAUUUGAAAAUACACCCAAAACAUCAAGCAUGAGUCGCGUCGAUGGCACAGAAGAAUCGGAUCAGCAAAGCAUUAGCCGUUCAAGACAACAAAGUGUCUCUGACAUUUCAUCAAUCGAGGGGAUCUCUGAAGACAAUCGUGAAAUACGAGAAGGAUCAUUACAAGCCGAAACCGAACUUGGUCUCAGUGCGACCGACAGAGCAACAAGCGACAGAGUUACAAAGUGGGUAAAGAGCAACUAUGAGUAUGAGCACGAACACAACGUGCCUCGUAGUGGCAUGUAUGAUCACUACAAGAACCAAUGUGACUCCCAAGGGAUCGAACCUGUCAAUUCAGCUACGUUUGGAAAGCUUAUCCGCACAGUUUUUCCAGGCAUAAAGACCAGGCGUUUAGGCACAAGAGGACAGUCAAAGUACCACUAUUGUAAUAUCCGCCUUCGCACCGAUCGACAUACAGCUUCAGAUUUUACAGAAGGCCCUUCAAAUCUUACAGAAGGCCCUUCAAAUCUUACAGAAGGCCCUUCAGAUUCUCUUGGUCAAGAAGAUGCCGGAAACCCUGAAGAUAAUGGCAGUCAACUUGUUCCAGUGGCCGAAACCCCAGAUUUUGAAUCCUUUGACGAGCCAAUGUCCAACAUCACUCUUCCAAGCAUGGACGAAGCUUCUCUGCUGGACAAUAUUCCUGAAUCUUCUCAGAAUGUCAGGAAAUCUUCUACUCUUCCAAGCAUGGACGAAGCUUCUCUGCUGGACAAUAUUCCUGAAUCUUCUCAGAAUGUCAGGAAAUCUUCUACUCUUCCAAGCACUUCUACACAGACUGCAGGAACUCGAUCGACGAUACCUUCCAAACGUACUUACAAAGGAAAAACUCGACACCAAAUUUUUUACCAGCUUAGUACUAGCAAUCUUAGUAGUAUCAGUACUGAUUUUUCGGUUGACCUCCCCCAUUUUUCGGUUCCUGAUUUGCAACACUCGCAACAACAGGAAGGUCAGGACCAACCCGCAAGCUUUACGAAAUUGUACGAAGAUCAUUGUCGAGAGCUAUUGGGCAUUGUUCUAUCCGGAAAGAGCUUGCAAAUUGAUGCAUGCAUAGUACUUUUUUAUCAAAAUAUGGCCGAUGACCAUUUCCAAAUGGUCAAAAAGGUGCCUGAAAUCUGGGACGCAAUCUGGAGGUGGGACAGUAUACUUUAUGAUACCAUUAUUGUACAAGCUUUUCCGACUAUUGAUGCGCCAUUGAGUCAAAAGGUGCGCCGGAGCUUGCUGAGGUUUUCACGCAAUGUGGUCGAUGAAUUGGAUGUUUAUCUUAAAGGAUUCCCCCAAAAAUUGUACCAAAAGAAGUAUGAAGUCGCAUACAUAUUUGCAGCAAAAUUACAGAGACACUUGUCUAUAAAUGAAAUGGCCCAGACCGCAACAGCAGUUCUCAAGGACGCUGGUCAUAUUCGCCAAAUGAAAAUCGAUUGGCAGGAUAUGGACAUCAGAAGUGUAACAGACCAAGGCUUAUGGAUCUGUGAUUGCAAAUCGACAUUCAUCGAACAAAUUUUGCAAAGUGAUAUUCCUCAGCUGCUAAUAAGUGGUGCCAAGUUAGAUGCAUGGAUGAAAUGGAUCGAUAAGCUCAUGGAAAUGUAUAUGAGUAGAUUCUCAGUGAGACAGGCAAUUGAUUGUGAGCACUACAUUAUCCAGGCAAAACAGCUAGUAAUGAAAUGGACAUUCUACACAUCUCUUGUGCUUCGUGAUCUGUCGCUCAGAAAUGCAAGAAGCUUGGCUAUAUUCCGCAUAAUCUGCGUAUUCUUUGAUGACUUUGUUCUCUAUCUGUUGGAAGAGCGUAUUGCCCAAAUGAACUUGGCCCUCGUACAAUCCGGCCGAGCCAUUAUUGAAGCCAACGCCAGAGUAAAUUCUCUUCAAGGUUUCACAGAUCCAACCGAGAUUUUCUACAAUCACCAACAAGAUUACAACCCACAGGCUAGAGGCUCUCAGCCACCUAGCACCCACAAUGGUAAGAAGCAAGAAAAAAAAACACUCUUCCUCUAUCAAGUACUUGUAAAAGAUCACAGAAACUCACUUUUUGAUAUCUUAUUAUUUUUCGAAUCCUAUGAUCUUGUUAUGAACAACCAAGAAGAAGUACCCUAG